AUAUUGCUUGUUGCCUACUAAUAUACGGACUACAUCUCAAGGGUUUCACUAUAGGUGGUAAGACUUAGUAAGGUACAUAGACACCACGAGACCUAUGGAUGAAAUACUCUUUGGAGGAGAAGAUUAUAGGGAAACCGGGGAGACAACUUUUGUAAGACACGGGCCGGAGUUGUCAUGUAUGGCGAAUUUAAAGUGGAUUAUCGGGAAUAUGAUUUUGAUGAAAAGAUGACGAGGAGCAACAUCUGGCUGUCUGAAGAUCAAUUUCUGACCACGUGGAUCUUACCGUGCCGUGAUUGAUCCAGAAAAUUUAAGGUGGAUAUUCACUACAGGAAAGAAUAGAUCACAUGUCCGACUGUAUCUUCGCUGGAAUCGAGGUUAGAGCAGGAAAUGGCCAAAUUAUUGCGAACAAGAUUUUUAGCAAUUAUUUUCUUUGUGUCUUCAAUUUGGCUGUUUGUAACUUUAUUUCUUUUCGACGUAGAGGAUGAAAUAAAGAAAACAAAUAGAGUGAGUGCAGACGAUCCUAAAGUUAAUAAAUUUAGAAAUUUAAUCAAAAAAGCAAAUGACUUCAUUAAUCUCAGCGAUACCUUUAGUAAUGCAAGCUUAGAUAAAUUAUCACGGACGAAAUAUGAAGAAAAAAUGAAACGAAAAGCAAUAUUAAGAAAAUGGAGGGAGGACCUUUUGAUUCCGGAUCGAGGUAUGAGGACUAACCACGAUUCAAAUAAGAGCAGUUAUGAUGUAAAAGCUCAAUUGACAAACUCCAGGUUAAAAACAACACAGAGAGUGUUUAACAGACACCAUAAAGAGGUUUUGCAAAAUCUGCUGCAACGAAAUAUAACUCACAUCAAAAAUAGAAGAGAUUCCAUGGAAACGGCGUCUCGUAAAGUUUCCGAGAGAGAGAGACUUCGACACCUUGAGAAAGUGGCCUUACCAGAUGCACCAGGAGAAUAUGGAAACCCCGUACGUAUUAACAAAAAAGAACUUUCCUUAGAACAACAAAAGGUUUAUAACGAACUCUUCAAACGAAAUUCCUUUAAUCAGUACGCUAGCGACAUGAUCUCGCUCCACAGGAGACUUCGUGACAUACGCAAUCCAAGUUGUAAGCAAGAAACUUACCCCAAGAAACUACCCGCCACGAGCGUCAUCAUCUGCUUUCAUAACGAGGCUUGGUCCGUCCUGCUACGUACAGUUCACAGCAUAUUGAAUCGAACACCGCCAGAACUUAUUUAUGAAAUCAUACUGGUGGACGACUUUUCUGAUUUAGAUUUCCUUAAAGACGAGCUAGACGAAUAUUUAUUGGAAAAUGGAUCCGGGAAGGUUCGGGUUUUACGAACAGCUAAACGGGAAGGUUUGAUCCGUGCUCGGCUGUUAGGAUACGAAGCUUCUAGUGGUGAAAUACUCACGUUUUUGGAUUCUCACAUCGAGUGCUUUCCAGGUUGGCUUGAGCCAUUGCUGGCGAGAAUUGCGGAAGAUCACACGAGAGUUAUAGCACCUGUUAUAGACAUGAUAAGUGACCAUACCAUGGGUUGUUGGGGGAAUGAGAUUGGAGCAGUAGGGACAUUUGACUUGACCAUAAUGGGGUUCAAGUGGCUAAAUUUAGAAAAGAAACAGAAAGAAAAUCACCAUCCCACCAGGCCAUGGCAAACACCUACAAUAGCUGGUGGCUUGUUCUCAAUAAACCGAGACUACUUCACAAAGAUGGGAACAUAUGACCAAGGUAUGGAUAUCUGGGGAGGAGAAAAUCUGGAGAUUUCGUUCAGAACUUGGAUGUGUGGCGGAAGUCUUGAGAUCCACCCCUGCUCCCAUGUUGCUCACAUUUUUCGGUCUGUCAGUCCGUAUAAAUGGGGUAAAAGUUUUGCGGAGAUAUUGCGCAAAAAUGCAGUUCGAACCGCAGAAGUCUGGUUGGAUGGAUUUAAACAUCUGUAUUAUGAAAGAAUCAAUUAUAACCUGGGUAAUUACGGUGACGUUUCACACAGAAAAAAUCUACGACAACGUUUGGGGUGUAAAAGUUUCGAAUGGUAUUUAAAUACCCUUUUACCGGGUAUGAAACUGCCAGACAAGGCCUUAUACAGCGGAGAAGUCCGCAAUAUGGAAACUGGUCUCUGUCUCGACACAAUGGGAACAGUAGCCGGCAACAGAAUCCAGGCUAUUCCAUGUCACGGACUAGGUGGCAACCAGUUUUUCAGAUAUACCGUUAGUGGUCGAAUCGAGAGAGAUGCAGCAUGUUUAACAGACAAAGAUGGCAGUGUAUUUUAUAUUUUGUGUAAAGCAAAUGUCACAAACUGGGAGUACACACAGAAAAACGAGAUUCGGAUGCAGCACACAGACAGCUGUUUAAGCUUAAAUAAGAACUCACUCAAUGUGUUGCCCUGUAAUAAUAGUGCCAAUCAAAAGUGGAUUUGGACAAGGAAAAUUGAUGAAGAUUCGUCGAUUAAAUGAAUGUUGUUUUUUCAUUCCAUUUAAAAUUCUAUCUAACAUUAAGGAGUUUAUUUGAGAAUCAAGCCAUGAUAUCCUCAAUGCAUUUAAGGGCAAUAUACUUAACUGCUCUCUGAAAUAGAAUUUCUCUUCAAAUGAUGAAAUGCAUUUUUCUGUAGAACUAUAUCAUACAAUGUAUAAAAUUCAUACAUUGUCAACAUACCAAGUCCUAUUAAAUUUGGUAGAAAAGUGAA